CUGAAUGAAAACAUGAAUCAAGAGAGACGGAGGGAAAGCAUGCAUGCAUGGCUCGUUGCAGGCCUCUGGGAUUCUUGUUGGGAUUGCCCUUUGCCAUGCUCGCAUUGCUUCUGUCCCUCGUUGGAGCCGUGGUGUGGUUCAUUGGAUUUGUUUUGACCUGUAUUUGCCCAUGCUGCUGUGGAUGCUGCGCUUGGGUGGCCAAUUUCGCGGUCGAUAUGAUACAGCUUCCUGUUAAAUCGAUACGGUGGUUCAUUGAUCACAUCCCUUGUUAAUGUGUGAAUUAUUUGUAUGUAUAUAUGUUUGGUUCUUUUCUAAUUAUUUAAUUUAAAUGAUUCUUCAUUUAUGG